CGCGAAGAAAUUGUGCGAUAGAACUGGCAACCAGCACACAUUGCGUUCGUGGUUGGAUGCAGCGAGACACAAGAUCGCUGCCUCUUGAGACGCAGCUCCAAGCAAAGUGAGCCACGGCGGGAGAAACUGUCUUGCGGAGCAAUGCCAUUGAUGCGAAUUCCUUACACAGAUCCGCUCCCAGCUCCACGCAUCAUCCCUCCUUCCGCCAGUACCGUGAGCGGUGCCAUUGCCGCUUUUUCCGAGUUUCUCAGCAGUCGCUCGUCAGGUUCGCCGACCUCAGCGUCGAAUACGGUGCUGCUCUCCGGCGCUGGCAUUUCGGUUGCCAGCGGGCUGGCCGACUACCGGGGAACAAAUGGCACAUACACCCUCAACAAAUCAUACAGGCCUAUCUACUACAACGAAUUCACCUCUCAUCACGCAGCAAGAAGGAGGUACUGGGCACGCAGCUAUCUGGGUUGGCCGAAUCUCGUAAGGGCAAAGCCAAAUGCGACGCACUACGCUGUUCGGGACCUUGGGAAGCUCGGCAUUGUCAAGCAGGUGAUUACACAGAAUGUGGAUUCUUUCCACCCCGCAGCGCACCCGGAUCUGCCCACGAUCGAACUGCACGGCUACUUGAGAGCUACGGUGUGCCUCUCGUGCCGCAAGGAGUAUGACAGAGAGCAAUUUCAGGAUCAGCUCUCAAGGCUCAAUCCUUCAUGGCAUGAGUUUCUGCAGGAAAUGCUCGAUUCGGGCGCGCUGGCUACGGAGGACCCGCAAGUGCGCAAAGCACGAGGACUGAGGACGAAUCCAGACGGCGACGUGGACGUGCCAAACGUAGAUUAUACUACAUUCCGGUACCCCGCUUGUCCAACGUGCUUGAAUUCACCGCCCAAGCUUCCCGACGGGUCGAUCGGCAGAGUCGAGGUCGACAAGGACGGCGCAUGGGCGCCGCCGUCCAACGCUGGCAUCCUGAAGCCUGCCGUAGUCAUGUUCGGCGAAUCGAUACCGGCUGCAGUGAAGACCGCGACAGAGUCUGCCAUCGAUCGAGCGUCGAGACUCUUGGUCGUGGGAAGCAGUCUGGCCACGUACUCCGCUUGGAGACUCGUGAAGAGAGCAAAAGAGCAGGGGUUGGCAAUAGCAAUUCUUAACUUGGGCGGAGUGCGCGGUGAAGAGCAUUUUUUCGCAGACGUGCCCGCAGGAAACACCGGAAGAUAUGCUGUGAGAGCCAACGAGCAUUCCGAUCAUGUGCUUCCGCACGUGGUCAAGAUCUUAGAGGAGUUGAACGAUAUCCAUACACGCAGCCAAAGAAGUGUGAGGGCAGCUUAAGUCAUUUACAUAGAAUAGGUUCACCCGUCACUUCUAAGCACGCUAUCUCGUAUCCUGUGCUUCUGCUCACGCCUGA